AUGCAAUUCUCCAUCGAGUUAGUUGCCGAGAGGUCCGUGUUACGGGAAUCUAUCAAGGGCAUAUUAUGGACCAUAUUUUUCAAUAGGCUAUUUGGGCCAAUCACCCCUACCUCCAGAGAGUUUCUUGAUGUCACAUACCCACUGGUAACCAACUUGCCGGAUUUGGAUUCACUAAUUGAUGAAAAAACAACCACGUUUAUACGCACAUGCAUUGAAGGCAAAGCACUACCGGCAAACGGUACCAUUACUGUUCAGUUUUGGAAUAAGUCUAAUGGCAAGAGAAAGAGCUCUGGAUGGUUUGGUCGAGAGUACGAGAGUGAUGAUUUGGAAGCGUGGGAAACGUGGCGGAUAAACAUUGAGUCGCUCCCUAUAGAGGAAAGACCUAGCAUGAAUCGUCCGAAACUGACAAGCCUCGAAUCUUCAAGAGCGGUUACCGUCUCCAUGAAAAGUUUUGAAGAAUCGUUGACUAAAAUAUAUGAUUUUGUUGAUAAUCACAAAGAACACGUCCCACCAAUAACUUCACUUGAGAGCUCACCGUUCCCAUACACAAUUAAGAUUGAACAAGACAGGAGGAGAUCUACAGGAGAGAAGCGCCACUCUGACGGGGAUGAAGGAUGGGGGUCUUAUAUCAAGAAAAUACUAGAUUGA